GGCACGUGACUGACACGUGCGUUGAAUGACCUUUUUCCUGAGGACGACUUGGAACCCGUCGACCUCGCCCGGUGAUUUCUUCAUAUCAUCCUACGGCCGAUUCCAAGGUCGCUUGAGGUUCUGCACCUGUUGCUCGUCGGUUUGUUGCUCCUCCCGGAGAUGGAUCUGGACGAAGAGAAGAACCCGAACGAUUCCGAUCCCCUUAUCUGGAGACAGACCGAAUCUUCUCCGUCGCCGGAUGGUUUGGACGAGAUCAAGGACGACGAGGCGGAUGCUAAUUCAUCUGCGUGCUGCCGCAUCUGCCUUGAGAGCGAUACCUUCACAGGUGAUGAGUUGAUAUCUCCAUGCAUGUGCAAAGGCACUCAGCAGUUUGUCCACCGGUCAUGUCUUGAUCAUUGGCGUUCAGUGAAGGAAGGAUUUGCCUUUUCACACUGCACAACAUGUAAGGCUCUGUUCCAUCUGCGAGUGGAAUUUCUUGAGGACUAUUCAUGGCGCAAAAUAAAGUUCCGGAUUUUCGUAGCUAGAGAUGUUCUCCUUGUCUUCCUUGCUGUACAAACUGUCAUUGCUACUAUUGGUGGUUUUUCCUAUUUCCUAGACAAAAAUGGGAGCUUCAGGAAUUCCUUCAGCGAUGGUUGGGACCGCAUACUGUCGAAGCAUCCAAUACCCUUCUAUUACUGCAUAGGUGUCUUGGCAUUCUUUGUGCUUCUUGGGUUUUUUGGGCUUAUACUGCACUGCUCAUCCUUCAACAGCAAUGGUCCCUGCAUGACUGGUUGUCGAAACUGCUGCUAUGGCUGGGGAAUACUGGAUUGCUUCCCUGCUUCCAUGGAGGCUUGCUUUGCAUUGGUGGUCAUCUUUGUCAUUGUAUUUGCUAUCCUAGGCAUCGCCUACGGCUUCCUGGCAGCUACCAUGGCCAUCCAAAGGAUUUGGCAGAGGCAUUAUCACAUCCUCACGAAGAGGGAGCUCACCAAGGAAUAUGUGGUAGAGGACCUUCACGGGUGUUAUGCGCCACCGAAAAUGGAUCCCGAGCAUGAAGAACGGUUGAGAGUGCUAAAGCUCCUGUAGGUAGCACCAUUACUGUGAUUCCAUUUGUGCUCCAAUAAGAAGAACAAGGGUGUGAAAUGUGCUGUUAACACUGGAAAACUUCUCUCUCUCUCUCUCUCUAUCUUCAACUUUUAUGGGCGUGCAUGUGGUGUACAUGAUGAUGUUUGGUUGUGCGCAUAUCCGAGUGUAGUUUUCCUUAUAUUGCACACAUGUAUAUCUGAACUUGUGACAGGAUGGUACGAACGAAUUGGUCAUGUGACUCACGGUUUUUAGUGGUUUA